CUCUCCUCCGGAUCUGCUGUCCGUGUCCUGCAGGAGCUCUGGACCUCCUCAACUGAUCUGCUGUCCGCGUCCUGCAGGAGCUCUGGACCUCCUCAACUGAUCUGCUGUCCGCGUCCUGCAGGAGCUCUGGACCUCAACCAUGGGAAGCAGCUCCUCCACCCAGCACCACUUUGCUUUUCAGAAUGCCGAGAAAGCCUUCAAGGCAGCGGCCCUGAUCCAGAGAUGGUACCGGCGCUACAUGGCCCGCCUGGAGAUGAGGCGGCGAUGUACCUGGAACAUCUUCCAGUCUAUAGAGUAUGCUGGACAGCAAGACCAGGUCAAGCUCCAUGAUUUCUUUAGCUACCUUGUGGAUCACUUCACGCCCAGCAGCCACCACGAGAGGGACUUCCUGAACCGCAUGUUCACCGAGGAGAGAUUCGCCGAGGAUGUGGAGACGGAGAAGGGCGGUGACUAUGGAUCCAUAGAGGUGCCCGACAGCUACACCGGGCCACAUCUCUCCUUCCCCCUUCUUCCCGACCAUGCCACCGCCCUGGUGGAAGCUUUCAGGCGGAGACAACAGCUCCACGCUCGCUAUGUCUUGAAUCUUCUGUAUGAGACCAGGAAACACCUGGCCCAGCUGCCGAACAUCAACCGGGUCUCUACCUGUUACAGCGAGGAGAUCACAGUGUGCGGAGAUUUACAUGGCCAAUUGGACGACUUAAUUUUUAUAUUUUAUAAGAACGGUCUACCAUCGCCAGAGAGGGCGUACGUGUUCAACGGUGACUUCGUGGAUCGGGGCAAGGACUCAGUAGAGGUCCUAAUGGUGCUGUUUGCCUUCAUGUUGGUUUAUCCUAAAGAGUUCCAUCUUAACAGAGGAAACCAUGAGGAUCACCUCCUGAACUUACGAUACGGCUUCACCAAGGAAGUGAUGGAUAAAUACAAGAUACAUGGGAAGAAAAUCCUGAGGACACUCCAAGAUGUCUUCUGCUGGCUUCCGCUGGCCACAAUGGUUGAUGAGAAAGUCCUGGUUCUUCAUGGCGGAGUCUCAGACAGGACUGACUUGGAACUUCUGGCUAAACUAGACAGGCACAAGAUUGUUUCUACCUUGAGAUGCAAAAUGAGAAAGGAAAGUGAGAACCGGGAGCAGAAGAGGAAAGUCACCCCGACAAGCUCUGGACAGAGACCUACUCCGUGGUUCCUUCCUCAAAGCCGCUCUCUCCCCUCUUCGCCUUUUCACCCGGGCUCUGGCUUUAAGGCCCACAAAGCCUGCCGGUCCUGCAGCAUUCCCUGCGUUGACCACAAGGGGCAGUCCCGGCAGGGCCGCCGCUCGGUGGACCUGGAGCUGGAGCGGUGCCGGGAGCAAGCCGGCUUCCCAAGGAUCAGGGAGAAGGGGGAGCCCUUGGCCCCGGACACCGACUGUGAUGCUGAUGCGGGUGGGGUCCUGGAGCCCACUCCGGAAGAGUGGAAGCAGGUUGUAGAUAUUCUGUGGAGCGAUCCCAUGGCCCAAGAGGGCUGCAAGACCAACACUGUCCGAGGAGGAGGCUGUUACUUCGGGCCUGAUGUGACAGAAAAGUUGCUGGAGAAAUACAAGCUGCAGUUCCUGAUUCGUUCGCAUGAAUGCAAACCCGAAGGCUAUGAAUUCUGCCACAGCCGCAAGGUGUUAACCAUCUUCUCCGCCUCCAACUACUACGAAGUUGGCAGUAACCGAGGUGCCUAUGUUAAACUGGGACCAGCCCUGACUCCGCAUAUUGUGCAGUAUCAAGCUAACAAGACGACACACAGGCUAACCAUGAGGCAAAGGAUCAGCAGGGUGGAGGAGUCAGCCCUGAGAGCCCUGCGGCAAAACUUAUUUGCUCAUUCCUCAGACCUGCUUGCGGAAUUUCAGAAGCACGAUGCGGCUGAGAGCGGCGUAAUCACCCUGAGUGACUGGGCUGUCGCUGUGGAGUCUGUACUGCACCUGGGGUUGCCAUGGCGGAUGCUCCGGCCACAGCUGGUGAACAGUUCGGUGGAUAAUGUGCUGGAGUACAAGACUUGGUUGGAGAGCCUGGCUAAAGAGCAGCUGAGCCGAGAGAACAUACAGUCGAGUCUCCUGGAAAAACUCUAUCGAAACCGAUCCAACUUGGAGACCAUUUUUAGGAUCAUAGACAGUGAUCAUUCAGGAUUCAUCUCCCUGGACGAGUUCAGACAGACUUGGAAGCUUUUCAGCUCUCACAUGAACAUCGACAUCACAGAUGACAACAUCUGUGACCUCGCCAGAAGCAUCGACUUCAACAAGGAUGGCCACAUCGACAUCAAUGAGUUCCUGGAGGCCUUCCGCCUCGUGGAGCAGUCCUGCUCCGAGGGCCACGCCCCUGCUUGCCUACAGUCCACAGACGCUGAGGAGAGCGGUCGAAGCAGUCCAGGUCCGCGCUGAGGACAGCCUGGUCCUUAUCACCCACGGUGCCUAUCAGCAAUGGCAAGCUUAUGACUCCACAUGGACUUGGGGGCUUUAGGCUGAGAAUUUGCCACCAGCAGGCACUGGAAUCAAGAAUCACAUGUCCAUUUGCUGGUGGGUGUGCUAGGCGUGGUGUGUGUGUGUGUGUGUGUGUGUGUGUGUGUGCAGAUAAAUGUCCCGGCCUCAUCUCAGAAUCUUUACAAAGUAGAAACUUUGGGGAGGUAUGUUUAAAUUCUGAAAUCUACCCUAGUUAUCACUGAUAAUUGAACACCCUUAUUGUUUUCAUUUCAUAUCUUUUAUUUAUUGUUUUAAAAUGUCAAGUUGGUGAAAGCCUUUUUUAAUUGUAUAUAAUCCUAUGACUCAAGCAUACUUUUUUUUCAUUAUGUACUUUUUCUUCAUAUGGUUAUAGAGUUUCUCUGAUUUUAUGUUCUCAUUUUUAAAUAAAUUACAUUUAGUAGUACAUACUUUCCCAUGCUGCUGUAUAAUCUUCACAGCUAUCAUUAAUGGUUAUAUAAUUUUCUUUCAAAUUAAUGUCCUAUAAUUCCUUUGGUUCCCAUCUAGUAAACAGCUUGCUUAGUUUUUUUUUUUAAAUACCACCAUGGCUAAUUUUUUUUAUAAAAAUAUUUUUGAAUGAUAUGUUUUCUUAGGAUACAAAACUCAGGAAUGGGAUUGCUUUGGCAAAGAUACUGUAUUAGUGCAGGUUCUUUAGGGAAAGAGAACCAAUUGGCUAUAGAUAUGAUUUACUCUAAAGAUUUGGCAAGAGGCUGGUGAGAUAACCCAGUAAAGUAAAUGCCAUGCAAACACCAGGCCCUGAGUUUGAAUCCCCAGCUAGCUUAGCCAGGCCAGCCAGCCUAGCCAAUUAGGGAUCUCUGGGCUGUGAGAGAGCUUGUCUCGAAAAAGAUGGAGGGCCAUAGAUAAAUACACCAUACAAAACCUCUGGCACAGACACACACACUUGAGCUAGGGCUGCCUUUAAACUCACUCUAUGGCUGAAGAUGGCCUUGAACCCCCAAUCCUCUGGUCUCAACCUCCCAUGUGCUGAAAUACUCUAAUCAACUACCCAGACACCCCAUGGCCCAUUCAAGUCCACACUAAGAAUCAGCCAUCAGAGCUGUGAAUGUUUUCUGGUUUGGUACAUAUUCCAGACUGCUUUCGAGACCAUGCAUGUGAAUUUUACCACAGACUCACAGCUUCGGGUGAGGUCAUUUCAAUUUUUUGCUAGAGGUGAAUGAAUCGUGUUCCCUUUGUAUUUUACUGUACGUGUCAUUGAUUAAUGCCCGACUGUCUCUUCUCCCUCAUUUUAUUCUAUCUGUGAAUGAAGGAGAAUGUCAGAGAACGUGCUGAGUGUGUGACCUAAUAAACAAGCAUACGUGGGCUUCCUACCCAAGCAGCUUUCUAGUUCCAGUCGUACAGGGAGGAAUUACCCUCCUCCGCACUCUUGAAUGCUACACAGCCAUUAAGAGGAAUGGCCUGCUAUUGGCCAUGGUUAUGCUCGGCGAUGGGAUUAAGGGGGGUGGGACUUUCACUUUCAUGUAAACGACACAUAGUAAAGACUGAGGGGAAAUGUUGGAAACAAAUAUAAUUACCACAGACAUGCAGACACCAUGACAAAGGACCGGGGGUCUUCAGCAACUAAACUACAGAGAGGAAUAUAAAGAAAGGAAGGAGAAAACCACAGAUUUCAAAAUGUUUAUGAGCUGGCAUGGUGGUGUAGUAUACCUUUACUUCCAGCACUGCAGAGACAGAGGCGGGCGGAGCUCCCCGAGUUCGAGGUCAGCCUGGUCUACACAGUGAGACCCUGUCUCAAA